CAUUUUUAGUAAACAUGGCGACCUACAGACGGGUCGGCAGGUUGUUGGGUAUUUCAGCACGACUGACGCGUCCUCUUGCUGUCUGUGGACAUCAGAGCGCUGGAUUACACUGGCCUUCACACAACACAGGAGUUUGGAAAAUAUGGCCACAAAACCCCCACUUUGUUGUUCCAGGGAGGACCAUGUUUGUGCAGACACAGGAUACACCAAAUCCUAACAGCAUAAAGUUCCUCCCAGGUCGCACAGUUCUUGAAUCAGGAACUAUGAAUUUUGACGGCCCUCGUGACGCGCACUGCUCACCAUUAGCCAGACAGCUGUUUAGGAUUGAUGGAGUCAAGAGUGUCUUCCUGGGCGGCGACUUUAUCACCAUAACAAGAUCUGAUGCAAAUAUGGAAUGGAAAGUAAUCAAACCUGAUGUAUUCGCGGCCAUUAUGGACUUUUUCACCACUGGGCUUCCUGUUGUCAAUGAGGAAAGUGAACCAAACGCAGAUACUGCUCCAUCAGAUGAUGAUGAUGAAGUCGUGGCUAUGAUCAAAGAACUGCUGGAUACUCGAAUAAGGCCGACAGUGCAGGAGGAUGGAGGUGACGUCCUGUAUCGGGGAUUUGAAGACGGCGUCGUUAAGCUGAAGUUGCAGGGCGCCUGCACUAGUUGUCCCAGUUCCAUGGUUACUUUGAAGAGUGGAAUUCAAAACAUGCUGCAGUUUUACGUUCCUGAAGUUGAAUCAGUGGAGCAGGUGAAGGAAGAGGAAGAGGAGAUGGACGCUCGCGUUUGAAUUACACCGAAACCUUGAACUGCAUUUACACAUUCCUCUCUCCCCUGGUCAUCUGACCUGGACACAGCUGGAGGAACUGUUGAACAGCGUGAUGUGUGAAAGACCCCGUGAUCAUCAUUAUCAUUCAUCCUGCUGUUUUGUAAAAUGACUGUACAAUGACAUUAUUUCUCAAGGUAUAGAUCAGAAGAGCCCGUAAAAAGAAACGGAUGACUGCUGGGCUGAAUUAUAUUCUAUUUAUUAUUUCACACAGUUUCACAUUUCUCACUCAAAACAGCUUUUAGGGUUAAAGUACAUAUAUGUAUGUAUGUAAAUAAAGUUUAUUGAAAUA